GUCACUACACUUUGAAUCGUGGAGGGGGUCGGGUAGUCCACAGCACAGCAGCGACAUCCUGCAGCAGGGCCUUCACACGCAUAGACUACACUACAGCACACCACGCCACACCACCGCGGGGCUUGUUGUUUUGUCCACAGGCUGCGAUGUCGCCGAAGAACGCCGUGGCUGCUGAGAGGCGCAUGGACCUGGCCUCUCUCUUCUGCAUGAUCGGGCGCCACGGUCCCGCCGUGGCUCUGGCCAUCAUAGCGUUGGUGUCCGUGCUGGCGGGCUUCAUCAUCUACCGGACGGUGAGAGGGAAGCGGAGGAAGGCCACGUACGAAGCCGCCGAGAGUGACAGCAAGAGCCCCGCAGAGGACGGAGACGUGCCGCUGGUUGAGACGGAACAGGAGCGGAGCAGGAGCGCGGAGGAUCCACGCAGCCCCGCGGAGUCAACAGAUGUGAGUGAUAAAGGCUCAUCUGAUGUGAAAGAGGAUGCUGGUCGAAUUCUGAGUGACCUCAAAGUCAGGCAUCGCCGCACUGCUGCCAACAAGAAACCUCCUCCUUACUGUUCUGAGAGUAUCUCAGUGCCAGGCAACAAGGACAACACUCCAACUGUUCACGACUGUUACGAAGAAGCAAAGGCAUAUACAGAGGAGGCAAAUCAGAGCCUGCAAAGUGAAGAAGAAAUGAUGAAGAAUGCUGAAGAUGACCAUGAUAGCUGUAUGACAGCUAGGCUGGUUUCCAGUGACAGCCACAAAGAAGAGGAGAAGGUGCUGAAAGAUAAAUGCCAAGGAAGUAAGAGUGUGACAACAGACAAAGACGUUUCAGAUGAGAAAACCAAUCAAGUGGAGGGAAAUACUGAGUGUGUCUCAAACAGUCUGGUGUGCUUUGAGCAAAACGUUCACUUGAGUGAAAACAGAGAUGACAGACCACAAGUUCAGGAAACCACACCAGAUAACCAUGACAUGGAGUCCAACUUGGAACAUCCUGUCAUUCCUAUCAAAGAUGUCUCUAUUGUCUGUAAUAACAAAGAUGUAGAAAUUGAGGAAAACGGUCACCAUCUAGAGGAUAUUGAUUACUCAGAUGUUUGCGGCAGUAAUUGCCUCUCUACAGGUGACGAAACUAAUCGUCACCAAGACCAACGUGACGAUGUGAAGGAUGAGAUGAUUUUGCCCAUUCAGGAAGGUGAUCGGAGUAAUGACCAUGGUGGAAUUGGUGAAGUGACUGCAGAUGAUGAAGGCCAAUCGAAUAAUCUUACAGCUGUCGAAUUCAACAGCCAGCCACUACAGACUGACAAGCAACAACUGCAGCCUGAACAACAAAAUGAAAAUGGCCAUACCUGCAAUCAACAGGAUGAUGUGAACAGGAAAAUGCUAACGUCCUCUGGUGAGGAACAUGAGAGUCCAAGUGUGUUACUCACAUCUCCUCUGCCGUGUUUGAACCAGCUAGAAAAGAUUGAUAAUGUAGGCGAUUGUCAGUUUGGAGCAACAGCUAAUGCAAAACCUGAAAUCUCAGGCACCAUGGAUUUCCCUGAUUUGUCAUUGGACUAUCAACAGCCCCAAAGUGAAAUGAAAGAAGGCGUCAAUGUCGCAAAUUUGGAUAUAGGCACGGAUCUUAAUAUUGUUGUCUCUGACCCAUCAUCUCUUAAGGAAGAAUUUGAGAGUGAAAAGAAUGGCACAAUUGUAGCUAAAGAUAGUGUGGAGUGCCUUGUGUCUUCUUGUUACGAAGAACAACAAAGUAAUGUCAUGGAGAACAUUGAAAGAAUUGAUUCCCCUCCCGAUGCCCCCGUUUGUGACGAGGUUGGCUUUACGGCAUCUGUGAUCUCUGCUGACGUAUGUGAUCCUAACAUGUCACCUUCCCUCCAAGACACACAAAGCAACCAAACGCAUAAUAAUGCAGAUUUCACCAAGGUUACCAAUACCAAUCAGGAAAUGCCUGUCGAAGUGGCCGAGAGCAUUGAACCUCAAAAGUGUCAUAUUCACUUGCCGUCAUUUGAGCAAACUGAUCUGACCUGGUCGUCGACUGGUCUUGGUGAAGAGAGUGGGAUUUCAAGCAUGACUGUCAGCCCUGACUUGCAAGAUGCCGGUGAUGACUUUGCCAUCACCCCUAAAAAGGUGGUGCUCCCAUUAAUGUAUCAUAAUCCACAGUCAGAAGAACCAACUGAAAGUCAGGACAGCCUCUUUGCUGAUGAUGUAGCUGUGAUUAAUGAAGAUUCAGUAGGUGUGGCUUUUGGGUCCUGUGCAUCAGGUUUUUCGCAGCAACCCCACAGUGACAAUACAGACUGUGUUAGUGACAAGUCAUUUUUGACCAAUGAGGACAUUUUUGGCCAUGCGAUUGAAGAUAGUUACCACAGAGAGAUGGACCAGUUUAUGGAGCAGAUGGUAGAUAAUGUUGCCUUAACCGAUGAGAUGAAAAAGGAGGCAGGCAUAAAAGUUGACAUUGAGGUCGUAGAAAUUAAAGAGAAGGUGCAAAUGCAGAGAGAUACGAAAACCACUGUUAAGGUUGCAGGAAUUAAAGAGAAGAAGGAAGGAACAGAGGAGGAGGAAGAAGAGGAAACUGAAAAGACUGAAAUCAGUAUCAUGGAGGCAACUAUGGAUAAUAAUGAAUGGAUCACAGAUGGUAACUGCCAAGUCCUUCCCUGGAUGAACCUUUCUGUACCAGCUUUUGCGCAAAACCACGCAAAAUCUGAACCACUUCCCAGUGAAGAGCAGCAAAACAGCACUUCUGUCGCAGAUUUUCCUUGCGAAGAUGUCCCACCAACCACUGAAGUCAGACAACCCGAGUCUCUCGCCACUGUUGAUGAAAGCACAGAAAGUAACAAAAGGGUUGUGGCAGUGCAGCCCAUGCCCCAGAACGUUAACGUGACCUUCCGCAUCCACUAUCUCACCCAGUCGCCGUACCAGAAGGUGGCCAUUACAGGGAACCAACAGGAACUAGGGAACUGGAAGGACUUCAUUCCACUAGAAAGAGACGGGGAUGGGCACUGGUCCACCGUGGUCAGCCUGCCUGCAGAGAGCCAUGUGGAGUGGAAGUUUGUGGUGGUGGAUAAGGGUGCAGUUUGUCGCUGGGAGGAGUGUGGCAACCGCCUCCUGGAUACAGGCUAUGGAGACGAGCUGCUGGUGCAUAAAUGGUGGGGAACACUGUAAGAAGGUAUUAGAGGAAAAGGCUGAAGGUUAAGGGAAGAUUUAAAGUGGAAUAAACAGUACGCUGUGGAACUGGAUACUGGACCAGGUAAAGUCAAGUUAAUUUGUUCUUCAGUAAAUUCUAUAUAUGUUAAUUUGGGGGUCAAAAUACAUAGGUAGGUCUACCAUUGAAACUGGGCUGAAUUUGGUUUAAAGAAACUUUUUUUAUGUUAAGAUAUAUUGACUUAGUUAUUAUAGAAAAGAACAUAUAUUGAAACGUGAGGAUUUCCUUUGUUUUUCUCAAUGUCAUGUACUAGUAAAUUGAAUUCCGUUGACUUCUGCAACUGAAAUUAUCUAGAGAAUUCUUUUAUUUUCUGGAAGUAACACCAACAUAACACAUGCUGAGACAUGACAAGGCAACAAAUAUUAAGUUAGGUUAGUCAUAGAUUUAUAAAAAUAUUUUAUUUUCAACCAUAUUUAGCCCAGUUUAAUCCUAGAUCCAUAUGUUGAUGACAUUUUUGACUGGAUAAAUGUCAAACAGACUCUAGAGAUGGAACGGCUAUCCGAUGGGACUUUUCUUCAGACGACUGCCUUCUAUUAUCCUGCGAUUAAGUGGAUCUUUCAGGGAACUGGAAAGAUUACCAUCAAAAGGCAGCGCUAUGUAAAAUGUCUUCCCCCUUAUUUCCUUGUGGCUGUACCUUUGAUUAUGCCAACUGCACCCUCUUGAAAGCAGGUGAUUCAAUGCAAGUGUUUAAUAUGUACCAAUGGAGAAUUUUAUUAUGAUACUGUCUGUAUGCUGCUCGAAUACUCCCCAAACAGUCUAUGAGUAUAAAUGCACAUAGUUCACUUUUACUACAGCAAUAAUUAAAAGCAAUAAUUGUUCUGUAUAUUGUAUGACUGGUGUUUCAUCAGGUACUCUAAUGUGUCAACCACUAAACUGUGAUAGAGUUGUAACUUUGAUGCUGCUUUUAUCUUGUGGGCCUCUGUGCAUGCAAACAUCGACCCACUGUUGUUCUAUGAAUGUGCCUUUUAAACAUCAUUUUCUAUUACGGUGUUGUAACGCAUCAAAAAGUGUCUGAAGGCCACAUUCUUCUUUAAUGAAUUACCCUUUUUUUUUAGUUAGUUAAUUGGUUUCACUUCUCAGUCUGUGUAGACUAUAUUCUCUGUGUCGAAUAUCUUAAUAUGCAAUAUUGUGAUGAUGACAUUACUCUUGGAUGUUAUUGAAUAAACUAAUCUUCUAAAUCUCUCAAAGCUGGGAGUAUGAUUCUCAUACAAGUGAACAACAUUUUUCCAGAGAUCCAGUCAAUGCACAUAAGACCUGACCUCAACUUUUUUUGUGUCCCUGCCAGAAAAUGUGUAGUUUUCUGCAACCUAACCUUCGUUUCAUUAUUUAAUUCAACUAUUGCCACCUAAUUUCACAUUUCUGUCAAACUUCUGUGCUUUUGAAGCGCUGGUGCACUAACUCUAUUCAGGAGUUGAACUCCAUUUGUCAAUCUCCGUGUUGCUUUCUCAGCCGAGAACAGCAUGAGACCAAGAUGUGCUUUACUGUCUGAAUUUCUGCAAAUCAUUUAGUGUUGCAGACUGUGAAGGUGAGAUGUGACUGUUCUGUGAGACGAUGCUCUAAAAAACAAAAAGUCUUUGAACGAAUACCUAAACCUCCUGUCUAUUUAUAUUUCUGUUAUUCAAACCAAAAGCCGACUGUGACCUUGUUUUGAGUCCAGCUGGCUGAGAAGUGGCCCAUGCAGGGAGAGCAUCAUUAGCGGGCGCAUUUUCGUGCCAGCUUGUCAGCUCCACUCAGCUCAGUCCUGAAGGUGUGUCCAGUGUAUCUGAGAGGGGGAAAAAAAAAAAAAAAAAAAAAAAGUGCUCUUUAUCUUCCAGUUUAGGAACAUUGUGGACGGGAACAAGCACACACUCACAUAAAAAAAAAAAAAAAAAAAAAAAAAAAGUAGCUUUUUAGUCAGAUCUGUAAAUAAUUCAACAGCACUGCAGAGAGUGGGUAGGUUUUUAGAGGUCAUUCAAGAAGUAUAAAACCACCCCAAAAGCAGGGCUCAGACUGUACGGGCAGGUGAGUUACAGAGAUGUUGGCAGCCCAGCAAAUUCAGAGAAAGACAUGCGCAGUGAUGAUGGCUCCCAAAGUUUAAUGAAAAAGGAGGCUUGAAAGAAAUAAAUUACUAUAAUAUAUUAAAAAAAAAA